CAAUAUAAGUGACGAUUGCCAAUGAACCAAAGCACAGUCAACUUUUGACUAGUUAAAUCAUCGCAAUGUUCUCUCUACGUCAAUUUAUCUUCCUUGCGACCGUGGUGGCCAUGGCGUCAGCCCACAUGAGAUUCCUCGAUCCCCCGGGACGCCCUUCCCUCUGGCGGUUUGAGGAAUACAACUAUCUCAACCCCGUAAUUGUUGGGAACGACGAUGAAAUGUGGUGCGCCAACAUUCGUCAAAAUGUGGUCGACAAUAGGUGUGGGGUUUGUGGCGACCCUGUCUCUGCCCCGACUCCAAGGCCUUAUGAGUACGGUGGGUCCGCUUGGAGGGAUGUUGUCGUCAGAAAUUACACGGCUGGACAGAUGAUCCCGCUCUACCUGCAAUCCUACGCUCCCCACGGGGGAGGUCUUGAAAUCCAACUUUGUAAUCGCGUCCCAGAGACGGAAGAUUGUUUCCAAACCCUAAUGCUCAGCAAUGGGGACAACAUGUGGCAGAUGAGCCUUGGUGGGGGAGACUUUGAGCUACAUUUCAGUGCCCAACUUCCCGCCGGGGUCACCUGUGACCGGUGCGUCCUACGUUUCCACUGGAGGGGCGCGCAAAAUUGGGGAACUUGUGAAAAUCCUCCAUCUCGGAUUUGUGAGUGCGAUUACAACUCUGGAAACCCACCUGGCGGGCACGGAUGCGGGGAGCAACAAACCUUCCGCGCAUGCGCGGAUAUCUCCAUUCAUUAAUUGAUAAAUGUCUAAUUCCAUACACAUAGUAUGAUUAAUAAACAAAUUUGCAUACCUUAAAAUUCA